UCUCACACAUACACCAUCAUACUCUCACACAUACACUAUCACACUCUCACACAUACACCAUCAUACUCUCAUAAAAACACUAUCAUACUCUCUUAAAAACACUAUCAUACUCUCACACAUACACCAUCAUACUCUCACACAUACACUAUCAUACUCUCACACAUACACCAUCAUACUCUCACACAUACACUAUCAUACUCUCACACAUACACCAUCAUACUCUCACACAUACACUAUCAUACUCUCACACAUACACCAUCAUACUCUCUUAAAAACACAAUCAUACUCAAUGAUGACAAUGAUUGUGUGUUUAAGAAGUUAUGAUGGUUUAUGUGAGAGGGAAUUGUACCAUGUGUGAAAGAGUAUAAUUGAACAGGAAGUUAGUUUGAUCAAACAGGAAGACAGUUUAAAUCCUCAUUCCUUGAUUGGCUUACAGCCCUAAAAAUAAAGCCUGGACCUUCUCAGAGUACUGCUAGCUAAACUGAAGCUACGUGGGAGCAUUCAAAUCAAGCAGCAGCACUUUCAAGGACAACUUUAUAGUUUUUUUAAGAACAGUAGCAAAGUAGUCAUGAUUUUUCCACUUAUUUACCUUCUUUUUCAAGUUCAGUUUUUGUUUGUGGGAGUAAAUGGUAAUGAGGAGGACAUUGCUAUUUUUUUCACUAAUACCAUGAGGUGUGUUCAGACCAUUGUAAGGGAAACAGACAGCCUGGGACAUGACAGCAUGAUUUUGGAACGAUUAUUCUGUGAGCUUAACGGAUAUGCACGGACAAUUUCUUUCUUUCUCUCAAUAAGCCAGCAGUUAGAAGGGGGUGACAUUCAAGGAAGCUUAGGUGCACUGGAGGCACUCUAUGCAUGUUUUUGUUCCAUCAUAAAUUCGUAUGAAAACUCAAGAUCUGUGGAAAUGAGACAAAGGGAUAUGUUUACUUCAAGAGCACCACCAACAAUCAGAACUGGUCAUCCUGGUCGCCCUCAGUACAAUAUAUUCCAUGAACAAAUUACCUACUGUUUGUCCCUUGGAAUGAGUUGGCAAAGGAUAGCUGUAUGUUUUGGAAUCAGCAGAAGGACAUUGUACAGGCACAGACAGCAACUUCAAAUUGGGCCACUGACUUACACAGCAAUGUCUGAUGAGGCCUUGACUGACAUUGUUAGUGCAAUCCUUCAAACCACCCCAAAUGCAGGAGAAAGGUAUGUGCUCGGAGGCCUCCGAUCACGCAACAUUAGAAUACAGCGUUGGAGAGUGAGACGUUGCCUGCAACAGCUUGACCCAGUUGGACGGGCCUUCCGCCGCCGCCGUGCAAUUCGCCGAAGAAUUUACAAUGUUCAGACUCCUAAUCAAUUAUGGCACAUCGAUGGAAACCAUAAGCUGGUGAGGUGGAGGUUGGUCUUUCAUGGAUGUGUUGACGGCUUUAGCCGGACCAUCAUAUACUUGCAGUGCCUCAGUAACAACAGGGCAUCAAGCGUACUGGAACUGUUUUGUACUGGUGUACAGAGCUUUGGCCUUCCCUUAAGAGUACGCUGUGACCAUGGCAUGGAGAACACAGCAGUUGCCCGGUAUAUGCUGGAGAGAAGGGGUUUAAACAGAGGCAGUGUCAUUACUGGACGCAGUGUCCACAAUCAGAGGAUUGAACGGUUGUGGGCAGAGCUAAACAGAGUUGUCUCAUUCCACUUCAGUAACCUCUUCACCUUCAUGGAAAAUGAGGGCAUACUGGAUUCUACAGAUGAACUCCAUCUGUUUUGUCUGCACUACAUCUACUUGCCAAGAGUUCAGAGGGCGGCUGCAGAAUUCCGAAAUCAGUGGAACAAUCAUGGAUUAUCCACACAAGGAGGACAAACACCUCUCCAACUGUGGCAGAGAGGGCAGCAGCAACUUAAGGCAGUUGAUGCAGGUGUUGCCAUUGGCAAACAGCAUCUGGAGCUGACAGGCUGA